CUAAGCGAGUGAAGAUUAUUAGAAAAGACCCACUAAUUCACGGUAAACAUAUGAGGAACCAAGUGGAUAAUCCCGUACGAGAGAAUGUUGGAAACCAAAAUAUGACACGACCAGAUGUUCGAUUUCUUGAGUUCACAGAAGAAGAAACGUGUGAUGGGAAAGAUUACUUAGAGGUUGAAUUGUUGGGAAGCGUGGAUAAAACUUGGGGAAAAGAAAAACGAAUGAAUCAACUUAUCAAAUACCGGCAAAAAGGACGAGGCA